GUCGUUUUUCGUCGUACCACGCUUUUGAGUGUAUCGCUACUUGCUUGCACAUGAUGCCGAGCGACCCAGUGAAAUUAUAUAUUUUGCUUGACCAAGCUUCACUAGAGUCUGUUAAGGCAUCUAGUGGAAAAGAGUUCCAACUUCUUAAUCCUGAUCGACACAAAGAUCGAAUAUCAAAGGCUGGUAUUGAUGCUUCUACAGUUCGCCCAGAUAUUACUCAUCAAUGUCUACUUAUGCUACUUGAUAGCCCAUUAAACCGAGUUGGUAGACUUCAGGUUUUUAUUCGAACACGAAAAAAUGUGAUCAUUGAAGUAAAUCCCAAAACACGAAUACCACGUACUUUUGAUCGAUUCUGUGGACUGAUGGUACAACUUUUACACAAACUUUCAAUACAUGCUGAAGGUGGUAAUCGUGAAAAACUUCUCAAGAUCGUAAAAAAUCCUAUAACACGACAUUUUCCAACUGGUGCCCCAAUUAUAACAACAUCAUUUUCAGCAAAAGAACAAAUUAAACCAAUCCAAUUAGCUGAACAGACACAAACACCAAAUCCUCAGUCAGUUGUUAUUGUGAUUGGUGCAUUGGCGCAUGGUUCAGUGAUGGAUACAUGUAAAGAGUUUACACAACGUACAGUGAGUAUAAGUAAUUUUCCUUUGUCCGCGGCUCAAACAUGCGCUCGUAUAUGUACUGCAUUCGAAGAAUACUGGUGUGUUGAAGAUAUUUUAAGCGGAGAGAAAACGCAAGUAGAAGAAACAUGA